AUGGAUACCGUGUCCCUGGAGCAUCAGAUCCAGAGCGUGCAGCGCCACAUCAGCUUCCUGAAAAAAGAGCAGAUGGCCCUGCUGCGAGACCUGCACCUAGAGAUCCUGAGGCUGCAGAAACGCUGCUCGGAACUGACCCAUGACCUGGAGAUGAGAGAGGCCCAGUCGCACCAGCAAGAGUUGGCGUCCCGAGAGCUGGAGAGCAAGUGCCGCGCGUUGGAGUCGCAGCUGGCCGAGCGAGCAGCGGCCAACGCAGAGCUGCGGCGGGAGGUGGCGCAGCGCGAGGCGCUGGUGUCGGCGCUGCGCUGCAGCCUGCGCGCUGAGGAGCGCCGCUUCCUGGAGGAGCUGCGUCGCCGCAGCCACCGAGCCACCGUGCUGAGCACGGAGCUGCAGAAGCACACCGAGGCGGCCGCCUACCUCUCCUGCCAGCUGCAUGCGGCGCGCCAGAAACUGCAGACUCCGCGCCCGGGGCCCGGCGCAGCCGCCGCCACCGCCGAGCCCCGAAUCCGCCGGCGCGCACAGCGGGCCCGCCGCCCGCCCGCAGCCGAGGCCGCCACCAAGGGCCCCGGCCGGGACUGGGCCGCCUGGGAGCGUGCGGCCGGCGUCCCGGACGACCUCGAUGCCAUGCCCGACCCCGCGCUCUUCCUCUACGCCCGGAGGCCCCAGCGGCCCAGCGGCCGCAGCCCACGCCAGCCGCCUCCCCAGGAACCCCCGGACCAAGCCGGCUCUCCGGCCGCGCCCCGCCCACCCAGUGCGCCCGCGGACCCGGAGUAG